CCACCCUCCACCCUCCUCUCCUUCCUCGCCCAGUGCCCACCCACGGCCACGGCUCUUACGCCUAAUACUCGCGCUACCGCCCUGCUAAUCUCGCCCUUCCACCACCCUUCCUCUCUUCUCUCUCCUCACCCUCACCCUCACCCUCACCCUCCUCGACCACCCGCUCUCCUCGUGGACCUUCAACGCAAAAGACGUGCAACCUGUCUGCACGCCUUCUACGAGACUGCUCGACAACACGCAUCGAACCAGACAGACGACAAGGAGCCUCGGGAGGCAGACGGAUAAUGGUUGUGGCUCGCUGAUCGCAUUUGAUUGAUGAUAGCGGACGAAUUGAAGCUGAAAACGACCCAACCACCCUCUCGACGAUUUCUCGUCACGACGCUCAUUUAAGAUUGCGAUUCGAAGUUUACGACUGCUACAAUAAUCUCAAUUAAACCUCUUUGACAUUUUUGUCAAGUACACUCGUUACAUAAAAAUUUACUGAGACAGUCAGUUUGCGUUGUGGCCAACCAACACCUCAUCGCUCAUUUGGCUGACUCUAGGUCCAGAUCUUAACGCUUACUUUUCUCACCAACCUCGUGGUCCCAACAAUACCAACGCGUAUCUCAUACCAAUUGCCAGGAUGCAUACACCUACACUAUUUGUGGCCUCAGUGGCAGUCCUUUCUACCUUCGCUGUUGCGGAGCCUCAGCGACCUAAAUUCUAUUACCCCAGGCAAAUCAAACGACAAGUCUUUUUCAAUUCGACCAUCACGACUGCGCCGCAGCAGACAAGCCAGGAGAGGCUUUCGUCGUCCUCAUCACCUUCUUCUAGUUCGUAUUCGUCCACGAAAAGAGGAUUGUCGGAUUUCUUGAAUUCGAUAACGGGACAACAGGACUCGACCUCGGAUUCACCUGGAUCAAGCUCCAGCUCGGCGGCAGGAACUGGAGGUCUGGAUAGCUUCUUCAAUCCAAUUCAGCCCACGUCGUCGUCUAGUUCCAGCUCUGGUGAGUCGACUGGACCAAUCGAGACCUCGAUCCCAGAUACAACAACCAAGUCGGGGGGGUUCUUGGGGUUCAUUACAAGUAUUUUGGACCCUACCCCGACUGGAUCAACUCCCGAUGUUAUCAUCCAACCGACACCAAGCCCAUCGACCGCUUCGUCUCAAUCUGACAUCGCAGUACCAACAACGACUUCUGCUGGGGGAAUUACUUUUGGACCAGGUGGAAUCUUAACCGAUGGAACUACAUCGGCCACUCCAACAGCAGCUCCAGAAAGUGGAGUUGGAAGCACUAGCGAUGGGGUUUCUUUCUCUGGAUCAGCUGGACCAACAGGAGUGGAAAGUUUGGUUCCAACCACGACCGAGGAAGCGUCUGCACCCACCAACACUCCAGCUGGAAUCUUGCCUUCCAUUGGAUCAGUCAUCAGCUCUAUUUCGGUUCCUGAGCCGACAUCUACCACUGAGCCAGCUGCUGAAUCAACUAGUGCGCUGGAAUCAUCUGCGCCCACCACAACCACAGAUGCUACCACCACAUCUGAUGCUGUGCCUACAACCACACCUCUGAUUGAUUUGACCUCUCUUCUUGGUACUGGCAGUACUGCAACAACGACCACGGAAGCGUCAGCCGAGCCUACCACGACUCCUCUUAUUGAUCUCACUUCGCUUCUCGGUACCGGCAGCGCUCCGACGACCACCCCUGAUGGAACCGGAGCUACGAUCACACCUAUCAUCUCGCCGUCGGCUGAGCCAACUGUGACAUCUUCCCCAACGACCGAUCUUGGAGGCAUUCUUUCCAGUAUUUUUGAGACUGCUACCAGUGAUUUGGGUUCCGGUACAGCCACCAUCGAGCCCGUGACUCCCACUCCUGAGCCGACCCUUGUUCCUGAGCCCACCCUCAACACCACGAUUCCAGAUCCAUACACUCCAACGGUUACAGGUGUCACUACUUCACCCACGGACUUGACCACUAUUCCUCCCGCGCCUACGGAAACCACCACUUCUGGACUUAUCACGGCUGACCCAACUCCAACGGAUAUUACCACGGGCCCAAUUACCACCAUUCUACCGACUACUAUCCCAACGGAUACUCCAACCACGUCGAAUAAUUCGAGUAUUCCCGUGGUCACUAGUGAGCCUGUGACAUCUGUGAGCACGACCAAUGGCACCGAUAUCACGAUAAGUCUCCCAAGUGGAUCUGUGACUUUGUCUGGAACUCCUAGCUCGACUAUCACGGCACCUACUACAAAUGCUACCGAGCCAACAGUGCCGCAAACUUCAUUGCCAUCCACAAGUGCUGCUCCGAUUGAGACGUCUUUGUCUAUUACAACAAUUGUACCGACACCCACCUCGGCUCCUCAGACUAUUCCUCCGAUCACCACAAAUUCUGCUACAUCUAUGUGGCUCCCGACAACGAUCAUCGCAGCAUCGUCACCCACUGUAUCUGCAGGACAAACCGAGAGUGCUGCGCCUACCGGAAUCAGUCCCCAAUUACCCAGAGUCAUUACCAAUCCAAAUGCUACUGUGCAGCCAGAAGAUACCACCCAGAUCCAACUUGGUUUCUUGUUCCCCUUGAACUACAAGUUCGUUGUGGACAAUCCAUUGUCGUCUGCUCAGAUUUUCGAGUACUUGCCACAGGGUGUCUCUGAUGGAUUGGGAUUGAGAAAAGAUCAGAUCACCAUGCACAGUCUUGUUCCUUUGGACACUACGCAGAGAAUGAAGUACAUCACAACUCUGGCGUUGGCAUACAUCCCCAGCAAUAUGGUCAGCACUCUGUCUCUGGAUCUCCAUAUUCCGACUGCUCCAAUUUACAACAAUGACGAUCCAAGCAUCAACACGCUCAUGAACUACAUCAACCCCGCCAUCCCCCUCACUCCAGGAUCAAACGUGGAGACUGGUGGAGGAACCCCGGGGACCUCAGGUGGCAACGAGCCUUCUUCCAGCUCCCCUUCAGGGAACGGCAACUCUGUCUUUGGUGAUACAAAUGAGCAAACCCAAUCUCCUGGCAAGACGGGAGCAACUGCUGGUAUCGCAAUGGCUGCCAUUGGUGGCUCAGCAGCCUAUGGUGCUGCUAUGUUCUUGAUUGCUCGAAGGUACAAGAAGCGCAAGCAAAGCCAUCGCAGAUCAAGCUCUGUUCUCCACGGUGGCGAGAUGAGACAAUCUGGCAGCCCAGCACUGAUGGGAGGUGGUGCCUUCAUGUCUGGUGGACGAACUACCCCCGGUUACGAUAGAAACAGCAGGGGAAGCGGAAGAACUGGUAAUUCUGCACGCACUCAACAAAUCUCGGCACCAAUGAUGGCUGAGAAUUCCCUUGGCUGGAACUGAGCAAUCACAUAAUAUACCAGUCAAUAUUUUCCAGCUCUAUUUUUGAUACCCAUCACCCGCCUCGCGAUCUACUAAACCUCGCUGUACAAUACAACCAAACCAUAUCAGCACUAUUGGUGUCUGAUCCUGAGCAAGGCGCUCCACAUUUUCUUGUCAUCAAAGCUUCAUCUCGGCGUUAGUAGACGCCAUCUCACCCCCUCUGCAUCGAUAAGGAUCUGCUGUCACUAUUUUCGACAUUUGAUCUGAUCAGAGGCUUAUUUCAGUAAGAGUAGCGCGGAGGAGACAGGCUUGGGGCAUACAGCGGAAGAAAUGGGGAGUCAAGAGGCAUUGUAUAUUUUACGAUCCGAUG